GUAUCCUUACGGCUCCAAACCUGGAGGACUUAAACUGACUGGACAGUGCACAGAAGGCGAUGGAAGAAUGCCUCAAACAGAUUUUAUUUUAAUGUACAGCAUUCUUCCACUGGAAGACACCCCUGUCGAUUGACACUUCAGACGAUUUAAAUAUUGACAAGCCCCUCAGCCCUUUAACCCGCAACGCUUAUUUAAACCUAUUCCUUUGAAACUAACGUCAAAAAAAAAUUGGUCUUUUUCAAAAACUGUGACUACUUUGAGUGAUUGAGGAAGUUGAGGGAGGAACUGCAAGCGACUUGCAGAGAGACCUGCAGUGUGCAAUUCGACUGAGCAGGGCAGCACUCUGCUGAAGAGCUUUCAGAGAGCCCAGAGAGAUGUGUUAGAUUUAAAGGGAUAGGAGCUUGUCUUGGGAACAGGAACAAGAUUGAGUUGGAGCUGCUGUACAGGGAGGAGGUGGGAGCUGGAAUAUAAAAGGCAGCAAGAUGGCCAAGUAUCACUGGCAGAGCCAGAACGUGAAGCAGAGCGGGGUGGACGACAUGGUCCUCCUGUCCAAAAUCACAGAGGACGCCAUCGUGGAGAAUCUCAAGAAACGCUACAUGGACGACUACAUCUUUACAUACAUCGGCUCAGUGUUAAUAUCAGUGAAUCCAUUUAAGCAGAUGCCUUAUUUCACAGACAGAGAAAUCGAACUCUACCAGGGUGCUGCUCAGUAUGAGAACCCGCCCCAUGUCUAUGCCUUGACAGACAACAUGUACAGGAACAUGAUUAUUGAUGCAGAGAACCAGUGUGUCAUUAUCAGUGGUGAGAGUGGAGCCGGCAAAACAGUGGCAGCGAAGUACAUCAUGGGCUACAUCUCCAAGGUGUCGGGGGGAGGAGACAAGGUGCAGCACGUCAAAGACAUCAUUCUUCAGUCAAACCCCCUUCUAGAAGCUUUCGGGAAUGCCAAGACUGUGCGGAACAACAACUCCAGCAGAUUCGGGAAAUAUUUUGAGAUCCAGUUCAGCCGUGGAGGCGAGCCGGACGGAGGGAAGAUCUCCAACUUCCUGCUGGAGAAGUCGCGAGUGGUGAGCCAGAACGAGAACGAGAGGAACUUCCAUAUCUACUACCAGCUGUUAGACGGGGCCUCAAAGGAUCAGCACGAGGCUCUGGGUAUUAUGACACCGGAUUACUAUUUCUAUCUGAACCAAUCAGGGACCUACAAGGUGGACGGCACCAAUGACAGCAAAGACUUCCAGGAAACCAUGGAAGCCAUGGAUGUGAUCGGUAUCUCCCAGGCUGACCAGACUCAGGUGCUGCAGAUUGUUGCUGGAAUCCUUCACCUGGGAAACAUCUGCUUCAUUGAGGUGGGCAACUACGGGCAAGUGGAGAGCACAGACUUGCUGGCGUUCCCUGCCUACCUGCUGGGGAUCGAUCAGAACCGACUGAAUGAGAAGCUGACCAGCAGGAAGAUGGACAGCAAGUGGGGCGGGAAGUCGGAGUCCAUCGACGUGACCCUGAACAGAGAGCAGGCCACUUACACCCGCGACGCCCUGGCCAAGGCCCUGUUCACACGGCUCUUCGACUACCUGGUGGAGGCAAUUAACAAGGCAAUCCAGAAACCGCAUGAGGAAUUCAGCAUUGGAGUUCUGGAUAUCUACGGAUUUGAAAUAUUUAAGAGGAACGGGUUCGAGCAGUUUUGUAUUAACUUUGUCAAUGAGAAGCUGCAACAGAUAUUCAUUGAACUGACGCUAAAAGCUGAACAGGAAGAGUAUGUCCAGGAAGGUAUUAAGUGGUCACCCAUUGAAUAUUUUAACAACAAGAUUGUCUGUGACCUCAUUGAAAAUAAAUUGAACCCCCCUGGGAUCAUGAGUGUCCUGGACGAUGUCUGUGCCACCAUGCAUGCCAAGGGAGAUGGAGCGGACGGCACCCUGCUCCAGAAACUGCAGGGCGCCGUGGGUACCCACGAGCACUUCAACAGCUGGAACUCCGGCUUUAUCAUCCACCACUACGCAGGCAAGGUGUCCUACGACAUUAACGGGUUCUGUGAAAGAAACAGAGACGUCCUCUUCCCCGACCUCAUCGAGCUCAUGCAGAGCAGUGAAUAUGCUUUCAUCAGGGGGCUUUUCCCUGAGAGCCUGAACACAGACAAGAAAGGCAGACCCACCACGGCCAGCACGAAGAUUAAGAAACAAGCCAAUGACCUGGUGAACACCCUGAUGAAGUGCACGCCACACUACAUCCGCUGCAUCAAACCUAACGAGACCAAGCGCUCCAAGGACUGGGAGGAGAGCAGGGUGAAGCACCAGGUGGAGUACCUCGGGCUCAGGGAGAACAUCCGAGUGCGUAGAGCCGGCUUCGCCUACCGGAGAGUCUUCAACAAGUUCAUGCAGAGGUACGCUAUCCUGACAGCGGAGACCUGGCCGUGUUGGCGCGGGGACCAGCGGCAGGGGGUGCAGCACCUGCUCCGCGCAGUCAACAUGGACGCUGAUCAGUACCAGAUGGGACAAAGCAAGGUGUUCGUCAAGAACCCAGAGUCGCUGUUCCUCCUGGAGGAAAUGCGUGAGAGGAAGUUCGACAGUUUCGCCCGGACCAUCCAGAAAGCGUGGCGGAAAUACAUCGCCAGGAGGAAGUACGAGCAGAUGAGGGAGGAAGCCUCAGAUAUCCUGUUCAACUGGAAGGAGCGGAGGAGGAACAGUAUCAACAGGAACUUUGUGGGGGAUUACCUGGGCAUGGAGGACAAGCCGGAGCUGAGACAGUUCCUGGCCAAGCGAGAGCGCGUCGACUUCGCAGACUCUGUCAACAAAUACGACCGGAGAUUCAAGUCUAUAAAACGCGACCUCAUCCUGACCCCCAAAGGCAUUUACCUGAUUGGUCGAGAAAAGGUCAAGAAGGGUCCUGAAAAGGGACAGAUCAAAGAGGUCCUGAAGAGAAAGAUGGAGAUUAAGAGCAUCCAGAGUGUGUCUUUAAGCAUGCGGCAGGAUGAUUUCUUUGUGAUUCACGAGGAGCAGUAUGACAGCCUGCUGGAGUCCAUGUUCAAGACAGAGUUCCUGAGCCUUCUGUGCAAGCGCUUCGAGGAGCAGACCAAGAGCAAACUGAACCUUAACUUCAGUGACAGGAUCGAGUUCAAGGUGAAGAAGGAGGGAUGGGGUGGAGGGGGCUCUCGUCUGGUCUUGUUUACCCGGGGCCAGGGCGACGUGGCGCAACAGAAACCAGGAGGCAAGACCCUGACUGUCAGCAUUGGGGACGGCCUGCCCAAAACCUCCAAACCCACGAAGAAAGGCCAGGGCCAGAGCAGAGCCCCUCCUCGGAAAUCUGCCCCAGGGCCCCCUAGAGGUAACUAUAAGAACGGAGCGGCGCAGUUCUCCCGCAAUGACACCAGGAAGCAGGAGCAGCAGUACACCAUGCCCCAGAAGCAGGGCCGCCCCCCUGUGGGGGUGUUGCCCAAGCACGGCUGUACCUCCAAGGCCCGGCACAAUAUCUCAGAGGCAGAGAACCUGGAGUUCCUCAACGUGCCCGAUCAGGGUGUGGCAGGGAUGCAAAGGAAGAAGAGCAUCAGCCAGCACCGCCCCCCUCCGGCUGUGACGGGCCGGCCCAAACCCCAGGCCCGCCCCCAGGGGCCCCGCUGUCGGGCCCUCUAUCAGUAUGUGGGACAGGACACCGACGAGCUCAGCUUCAAUGUCAAUGACGUCAUCGACAUUCUAAACGAGGACAUCUCCGGUUGGUGGAGAGGAAAAUUUAAAGGCAAAGAAGGGCUUUUCCCAGGGAACUAUGUGGAGAAGAUAUGAAUUCUUCAGCUGAGAAGAAUCUGCAUCACAUCCAGGCCCAGGGGCUGCAGCUUUAAACACUUCCAAGUUGUCAACAUAUGUAUAUAUAUAUAUAUAUAUAUAUACACCUCCACAGCCCCAUUGGUGCACCAGACAUGCAGAAAAACAUCUAAAUGUGUUCUGGGGCUACAAUUUUAAUUCUGCGCUCCAGAACAGGCUUCGAAAGGUUGUUUUGCUGUGGGGGUGUGAUCUGUAUACAGUACUGUACAAUCAUGCAAAUAGACACAUGCACUUAUAUUGGGGAGAUAAACAUACUGGUUUGCAUGCAGUGAAGCCAAUUAGAAAUCCACCUACUUUAAUAUGGCAUAUUAUACAUUUUACUACCAAACUUGCCAUACUCUUACAAAGCAAUGCUUAAGCAUUUCAGCCCCCAUGGCUUGCAGUUGCACUCACCUUCAGCCAUGGAGCACUUAUACUCAGACACAGGUGCGUGCAUUAUGUAUGAAACAGUGUACAACCCAGCAGAAGCCUGUACCCCUUUUUGCACCAUUAUACGGUACAGGUUGCUCAAGAAGGGAAUUAGAUGCUGUAUGUAAUAGGGAGAGGCGGAUCACCUGUGAUGAUCCUGUAUGGAGUAUUGAUCGAUCAGCCUGCGCAGUGCUUGACGAAUCACUCUUUAUUUAUUGAGAGCUGAGUGAAACACCGCUCCUUGCAGAGGGAGGGGGAGCAGUUAUUGGAACAGCUUGGUGUUCUUUGAGGCCCAACUUGAAUCCAAUCGGCCCUGUAUUUAAUAUAUUGUAACCCUUUGCUGCCCAGUGUCCAGUAUAUUUGACAUUGAGAAAAUAGCAUUAAAUAGGUAUGGGAACGUACCCAGGGCAGUAAAGAGUUAACAGUAGAACCAAGAUGCCAGCCGCUGAGGGGCAUUGCAUUACUGCAGUGCACCCCGAGCAACAUACAGUGAAACAGAAUGAAAGCCUUAUCAUCAGCAUGUGCAGUGCCCCAUGAGUUAUACCAAAGAACUUACAGUAUAUGCAAUAAGGUGCUGCUGAGUUCCUACAGCCUAACUGCCUAGAGUCUAGCUAUAUUUCUGUGCCCAAAAAAUGUAAGAUACUUCACUGUGAUUGAGGUUCACAGUCCAUGUUGUUUAGAAAUUCAUUUUAAAGUAAUAAAUAUGUUUUAGAUUUAAAAAAAAAAUGUUGAAAGAAUAGUUAUUUCCUAUGCAUGAGGAAGUGUUGUAUAACCUCCAAUUGCUGCAAGUAGAAACAGAAACCUGCCUAAUUAGGACACAAAGUAACAUAGUGGGGAGCCAAUGAAGUUGCUUUUGACAAAUGUAAACAGUAGUCGACUUUCUAAUGAAGUGUGGAACACACACACACACACACACACACACACACAGACAGAAACACAUAUAUAGACACACACACACACACACACAGAGACAGACACACAUAUACACAAAGACACACACACUCACACAUUCAGAAAAUGAUACACAGCUAGCAAUAAACUUGACACCAAAUCAUUAUUUUAGAAUUGAGGGACAGUGCAGAUUUAACCUCCAUUGUUUUAUUUUAUGUAAACUUAAUUUUUUUUUUUUUUUUAAUUAACCCCAAGCUCGGUACUGAUUUAAGACGAGAUGUGUAAGGUAUUUGGUGGACCAUAUGUUACUGUCAUCUACAGGCUAUUAAGAGAUAUGACAUUCUAAGAGGGUAAAUAUGGUUUGUGUGUGUUGAACAGCACUAAUGAAGUUCUGUACUGGGCCUUGUGGUUUUUGCAUGUCAUUGCUUAUCACCUAAAAAAAUAUACACUGGGUUCAAUGUAUAGUCUUUGAUUACAUCUAUAGAAGGAUCUGUUGUAGCAACACCCUAUUUUGCUUUCCAUCAGUGUAUCAUGUAUGUCAUGUAACUGUGUAGUGUUUCUUUUUUUAUUAUUAUAACUAAUGUCUUUGUAAUUGAAUGAGAACGAUCGCUUCCCAAAAACUUGAAUGAAAAAAAAAGCUUUUUCUGAAGUAUUCUGAAUGAAAAAUAAAAACAGUAUUGUAUUCUU